UCUUCUAAGAUGUUGGAGAUGUUCCUCACUAUUUUGGAGUAUGCUUGUGCAGAUUGGUGCUCAGGAACUGAUUGAGGUGAGGUAAGGCGAGGAGGCCUGGGGUGCUGUUCCAAGUCCUCCGAGAGGUGUUCAAUAGGGUUGGAGCUUUCUAGCAGGUAGAUCAGGUUGAUGUUCCAAUUCAACCAAUGGAAAGCAUAUCUUCAUGGAAAAUUUCAUGCUGAACCAAAUACGGCUGGAAAAGCCAAGUGUCCCAAAACUCUGGGUCCUAGCGUGUAUGUGAGGGCAUGUAGGGCAUCUGCUCUGAAUCUCCUCCUGGCUGCGAUUUGAGUCAGUAGGAGGGUCCGGUGAUUUGAGCGAUCUAAUCCGUAAAUCCUCACUGAGCGGCUCCGUCUCAUUCCACCGCGCACUAUGCAGCAGAUGGAGCAUCGCUAUAAGGUCCUGGUGAUCGGAGACCUGGGUGUCGGGAAGACGAGCAUCAUCAAACGCUACGUGCACCAGAACUUCUCCGCGAACUACAGGGCCACCAUCGGAGUGGACUUCGCCCUUAAAGUGCUCAACCUGGAUCAGGACACCAUCCGGUUGCAGCUGUGGGACAUCGCAGGUCAGGAACGCUUCGGGAAUAUGACACGUGUGUAUUACCGCGACGCUCUGGGCGCCUUCGUGGUUUUUGACGUGACGCGCUCGUGCACGUUCGAGGCGGUACGGAAGUGGAAGGAGGACUUGGAUGAGAAGGUGCGCGUGCCGGGGGGGAAGCGGUUCACCGCCGUGCUGCUCGCCAACAAGUGCGACGAGGAGAAAGAUGAUGCGAUCAACAACAUCUUCAGCAGCAUGGAGCAGUUCUGCAGCGAGCUCGGCUUCAUCAGCUGCUUCGAGACAUCUGCCAAGGAGAACAUUAAUAUAGAUGAAGCCGUCAACUGUCUGGUGAGACACAUCAUGGCGAGUGAGACAGAGCUGCUCCAGAGGGAAGACAUGGACAUCGUCUCGCCUACACUGGAUUCGGGACGAAGCCCCCCCUGUUCUGCCUGCCUGAGGCCCUAAAUCACUCCAUAUAUACUCCCUAUUCCCCUAUUCCACUACUGUGUGUGUGUGUGUGUGUGUGU